AGGCGAACUGUUACUAGGAAAUGCAUGGAAAGAGCAGUUGAAACAAGAUAAUUCACUGGAAUUGACCCUUUUCAGUUUUGAUAGCAUAGUACUUGCUACAAACAAGUUCAGCAAGACAAAUAAGCUCGGGCAAGGAGGGUUUGGCUCUGUUUAUAAGGGAAAGCUGUAUGAUGGGAAGGAGGUAGCUGUGAAAAGACUCUCUAGUACCUCGGCCCAAGGAUAUGAAGAGUUCAAGAAUGAGAUCAUCCUAAUAUCGAAACUCAGGCAUCGAAAUCUUGUUAAACUGAUGGGUUACUGCACUGAAGGAGAAGAAAAGAUUUUGGUAUACGAAUACUUGUCCAACAAAAGCUUGGACAACUUUCUUUUUGAUUCGAAAAAGAAGGCAGAACUCGACUGGGGCAAAAGAUUCCAAAUUAUUCAGGGGAUUGCAUGGGGGCUUCUCUACCUCCAUCGAGAUUCUUGCCACAGGGUCAUACAUCGAGACUUAAAAGUGAGCAAUAUUCUCUUGGAUAAAAAGAUGAACCCGAAAAUUUCAGAUUUUGGGCUGGCGUGAAUGUUCGAGGGCACACAAGUGUUGGUGAACACUCAUAAAAUUGUUGGAACACUUGGCUAUAUGUCUCCUGAGUACACGAUCGGCGGGAUAUUUUCCGAGAGGUCCGAUGUCUACAGCUUCGGCGUGUUGCUACUGGAGAUCGUUAGUGGCAAAAAGAACAGGGCCCUCUAUGACCGGGGACAACAUCUCAAUCUCCUUUCCUACGCAUGGCAAUUAUGGAGUGAAGGCAAAGCAUUGGACCUAAUGGAUGAAGCAAUUGCUGUUAGCUCUGCAUUGGAGGUAACAAGAUGCAUCCACGUCGGGCUUCUCUGUGUUCAGGACCAUGCCAUGGAUAGACCAAACAUGUCUAAUGUGGUUCUAAUGCUAAGCGGUGAAUCAGAUCUUCCUCAGGCCAGACAGCCUAUAUUCACUUUCCAAACCGAAAUGCCCAAUUUUGCUACUCCAUCACAGCAAGAAAGCAUCUGGUCUGUUAACACUGCCACUAAUACAAUGGUCGAAGGAAGAUGACGGCUAUCUUUCUUCAUUUUGAUUUUCCUUUGUGUGAGCAGACGAUGUUGUUUUUUCAUUUUCCCAGGCAUUGGUGUUUAUUUGAUUCAAGAAUGGCUUUAGUCCGCUCUAUACAAAAGGUUGAAUGAACUGCUCCACUUUUACAUGGAUUUUAGCCUAUAAAGCAGGGGCUUGGAAUAGCCAGAACUGUUUGUAUCAUAAAGGAGCACUACCACAUAAGAAUCAAGAGUAUUGGUACAGCCAAAGUAUUACCAGCUUCGGUAUGAAUCAGAGAAAUUAUUCAACUUCUUCAGAUUUGGUAACAAGAGUUAUCUAAGCCUAUGGCAAUUAUAUUCCUGCCUUGCAGCCUUGAAGUAAUUCUGACUUAUCCAAGAAGAGGCAAGAAAACAGAGAGU